AUGGCUCUGAUGUUCAUAAGCUCACUGCGCAUGUCCAGAUGCUCCUGGACUUUGAGAGAUGAUCCUGCUGGCCUAGGCGACAUGGCGCCUGGUGAUCAGUGGCAUCAUUAUAUCAAUCCUACUGGCCGCGUCCAUCUCGUCGCAGUAGUCUUGGAUGUCUGGACAGCUUUCGAUACUAUUCUCAAGGCCCAUGGAAAGCAAUACAACAUCAAUUCGACAAAGAAUAAUCCAGAGAAUGCUAGCCGAUACAGACCGCAUGUUUUGCAGCGCCGACAACUCCUGGCACUCCAGAAUGGGCCUCGGCCCUUGAAUAACCCAGCUCAAGUUCGCGAAUGGAUGAACAACUCUCGUCCACGUCUGGCAGAAGGCGAUGAGAAGUAG